GCCGCUCGAGGUGGGAGGAGUCGCCGCCCUGCCCGGGAAGGGCCGGCCGAGCCGCUUCCCGGCACGGAGCGCGGGUCCGGCGAGCCGGAGACCCGGCUGGCCCGGCCGAGAGGGAGCUGCCGGCGGCUGCAGGCACCCUUCGGUACGGAGAUGCGGGAGGGCUGGAGCAGCACCUCGUACAUCUCCGUUUUCUGGGAACCCGCCAGCAUCAUCGCAUACCGGUGAAUUCAAGGUGCUUCAUGACCGUCUGGUCUCCUCGGCUUUCAGGAUGCCACUUCUUAGCUACAGCAUAAGAGCUGCUGAAUUGACUUGAGCAAAAAUUACCUAGGACUUCGGGGAUCAUGUAAGCCAGCCUUUAGCUCUGAAGGAAAAAUAGUCUACCUGGAGAUAUUUAUUUGAAGUAUUCACAGACCAUCUACUUAAGGAAAUUUCAGUUUCUCAAAGUCUUAUGCAGGAAAAGGCAGAUGAAUGAUGAAUCAGUUCAUGAUUCUGGCAGUACUGCUCCCCCUGAGGAUGUGCUACACUGCAUACUCACAGCAAGAAUCCGAUGUGUUUCCAGUAACGUACCUUAACGUUUCCAAGGAUUUGGAUCUUCAACGGCUGCUGGUGGAAUGGGAUGUUGUCAAGUCAGCACAUGAUGCUGAGUUGGCAAUAUCUUUUGAGAUACAAGUCCGUCGAACUGAUGAAGCUACUACUGUGUGGACAGAAUUUCAAAAUGUCACGCUUGAUAAACUGGGAAAGCCUCUUCAUUGGACAUGGGACUCAGACAUACCUUUGGAGUGCAUGUCACAUGCUGUGAGGAUCAGGAGCAAGGCCAAAACAUCAAAAAUCUGGAGUCAGUGGAGUUUGUGGGAGUCUCUUCCAGGUCUGGACACUUCAAAUAGGAGUGGGCCACAAAUCUUUCCAAAAGAAAAAAUUUUAGCAGAAGGCUCUGAUAUUACUCUUUGCUGCAUAGGAGGGAAAGGUCAAACCAUUAAGGAAUUCUCUGUAUUCCCAACUGUUGAUGUUUUCAAGCACACAAACAGUCAAGUCAGACUUCUCACUGUGGAAAAUCUGUCACAUGACAAAGGAUCUAACAUUCAUGUCUACUGUUAUGAUGAGGAUAAACGGUCACAUGAAGCAGCUUUCUUUGUGGGUAAACCACCUGAUACACCUAAAGAUUUUUCUUGCCAAACUCAAGACAUGAAAAGAGUAACAUGUACUUGGAGAGAUCAAGAGACCUAUCUCUAUGGAAAGAAUUCACCAAAAUACACAGUGUCUAAAACGUCAUCCCAGAAAACGGCUCUGUGCAAAGCAAGUUGUUCUAAGAAGUGCUCAUGCUCUUGGAAUAUAGGCCAGCAGCGGAUCUGGAAUGUCACAGUGACUGUGGAAAACCCACUGGGAAAGAAAACUGCCACAGAUGUUUUUGAUGUAAAUCACAGACUGUAUCCCACUGCACCUUUCCAGGUUUGGGAAGAUUGUACAGAUACAGAAAUGACAUUACACUGGAAUUAUGAAAACAAUGAAAUUGAACUCUUUUGUCAGACUGAAGUGCUCCAACCUGAUGGAAAAGUAGAACUGCACAACAGCUCUGUCGCGGACUCGAGGCGCAUCACGGUGCGUGGGCUGCAGCCAUACACGGAGUACACGGCCAGGGUACGCUGCGGGGCGGUCAAGCACUUCUGGAGGUGGAGUGCGUGGAGCCAGCCCCUGACCACCAGAACAAAGGAAGGAACUCCAUCAGGGAAACUGGACAUAUGGAGAGAAAUUACACCAGUUCUUGGGGGACGAAAUGUGACCUUGUUCUGGAAGCAAACACCAAGUUUUCAAGCAAAUGGAAAAAUUAUUUCAUAUGAAGUAACCUUGAAAAAAAUGGAAGAUGGCUCCCAGCCUGAAAGCAUCUCCUUUUCUUCAUUCUACAAUAGCACAAGGAUUUUCAUUGAUAACCAUUCCUAUAAAAUCAGUAUUGUGGCAAAGAACAAUGCUAAUUUUUCACUUCCUUCAGUAUUGAUCAUCUCUAGAGCUACAGAUAACAGCACUGGAGAGCUUGAGGAAGAACAGGUCAAUGGUACAGAUGACGGCAUUUUUAUCUCCUGGGAGCCCAGAAGUAUAUAUAACAGUUACAUUAUUGACUGGUGUAACUUUCCCAGGUUGGAACCUUGUGAUUUGCAGUGGAAGAGAUUUGGACCCAACACUUCCAGUGCUGUGAUCAGCUCAGCUGCUUUUGUUCCGGGGGUGAGAUACAAAUUCCGCAUCUAUGGAUCUGUUGCUAAUAGAGCAUCCUUACUGGAAAAAAAGAUUGGUUAUCUUCAGGAGCUGCCACCUUUUCUUGACCCUAUUGUGAGAAAAGUUGACCUGACUUACAAUUCAGUAACACUGUCUUGGGAUUCUUAUCUCACAAAUGAGUCAGCACCUGGUUUUGUAAGAGGCUACCACGUUUAUGUGUCACCUAUACAAGGGAACUGCAGUUUGAAAGAAUCAAUAAAGCACAUUCUUUCAGAUGAAUCAGAGCUAUGUAAAUACACAAUUGAAAACCCAGAAGAAAAGAGAUACACCGUGAAACACCUGAUGCCAAACACAAAAUACAAAGUAGCGGUUAAAGCAUUUACAGGUGGAGGAGAGACUCCCAUUGUUAACUUUAGAUACAUAGAUACACCAUGUAACUCAAACAUGCUGCACUUUGUAUUCCUGCUAGUGAUAGUUCCAACCCUAGUAGCAGCUAUAUGCCACUGGAAGAUGAAGUGGGUGAAGGAGUGCUGCUGUCCUGUAAUACCUAGUCCUAGCAAGAGCAAAGUGCUGUCAUUCAAAGAAUUUAAGAUUGAUUCUGAGAAAGUUAUGAAGAUAAAUGACUGCCUUCCUGACAUGCUAGCCAUGGAGAGUAAUGAUGAAGCUCAUAAAUUGCAUCCUGUUACCUGGAGCCCAUUAUCUUCAACACCAACUGAAGAUAAGAUUGAUGGUCACAAUUCUUCCUGGAUUUACCCUAGUAAAAAUGUAGCAAGGGACUUCCCACCCACACCAACACCUCAAAAUCAUACUUGUUUUGAGAAUUUUGCUUACUCUUCUCCACUUGAGGCUGAAUCUGAUCCCUACCAAAUACCAGAGACACUGGAAGCAGGCAAGACAAAUCAGACAGUGGUUCUGUACCAACCACAAUGCUACAUAGAUAUUUUUCAUGAGGACACAGCCUCAACCACCACAGAAACAGUUGAGAGAAAGAACAGUCUGAAAUACAUCUCACAAACAGAUACAUGCUGGUUGGGGGAGAGGGUUUGAUGUUCUGUUCUCCACUGAGUCCAUCCAGUCAGUGUUUGGCUACACACUGUGAGAAUUUCUAAAGCCACGGCUUCUUUUGAUUAGGGCUCUCACAAGCCCAGAUGCCUGACUUCCAUUAAUAACAGCAAAGCUGUUGUUUCUGGACUAGUUUUGAGUACUGACUUACACAGGAAUUAUGUGUGUUAUAGUUCCAUUACAACUUACGGGCAUUAUAUGAGAUUUAUAGGCUGGUUUGUGGCUUGUGUUAUGCAGCAAGUGAUAUCACAGCAAUCUGUCACAGGCUGAUGCAGAGAACUGCUUUAUUUUGCAGAGAUUUAAAGUAUUCAUAAGUAGAAGAGCAAAUUAAACAAGGGGGAAGGUCGUGCUGCUCAAGGCGUGCAUUUUUCUUGCAGUGCUCUGUGUACUCUACCAGUACACAGCCAGUGUACACUCUACCACCCCAGCCAGUGGGUACUGUGCUGCUGGACAUGGAGCAUUACCUGGUCAUUUUGGGGGCUGGGUUUAUUUUCUCUCCCUCCAACAAUAUAAGGCAUCACUGUAGAAGUGUUACUGCACACAGUGUGGCUCAUUCCUGGAAGAUUUGAAGGAACUUUGACUUCAACAGGAGUGCUGCCCAGAGCACCCAAAUCCAUUGAUCGUCCUUUUACUUACUUGUGUCCUAACUACACUUGAUGUGUGAAAGAGCACAGAAAACAGAUUUUUAUAGGGAUUUUUUAUUUUUACCCUGCUUCCAUAUGUUGUAAAUGGGGCUCUUUACACUUCUUCUCUGCCUAAAGACCCUUUAAAAUUGUCUUAACUAUACAUUGAAGAGACGUAGGGAGUUAGGUGUAAAGGAGUCAAUUUUCCAGAAAGACAGAAGUGGUACCACAUGGUAUGGUGCACGUGAACUGAACUUUUGGCAUUAACCCCUGUACUUCCCUAGCAAGCCCCAAUCAGCCAACCAACCAACCAGACAGUCUGGUAGGAAGCACAUAUGUCUGAAUCGCAUUUUUCAAGGACAUCAUAUUCAGCCUGCAUACAUCUAGAUCUCUCAACAUUACUUUUGCAUGUGUUAAAGAAACAAAACCAAAAAAAUAUUUACUGUAACAUUCAGAAUCCCCACAGUAGACAGCAGUGAAUUUGGCCUUUCCUUUUGAUUUCGGAAACUUGGACAUUUGUAAUGAAGGAGUACAUUCAGAAUUGUAGCUGAAAGUCUUAUCCAAUUUACCUCAGUGCACAAGGAACCCUUUGGUUUUACCUCCUUAUGCUGUUUAUAAUCCGUCACAAAGAGAUGGUUUCAGCUUAAGAACACAGCAUAAGCAAUUCUUAAAGGUGAAACAAAUGAAGAAUGAACAUUUUGAUGUUCAGCUUGUUUGCUAAAAUGCAGUUGCUUGCCUUCUCUGUGUUUAGCUAGGCUAAUCACACUCCUAGAAAUGAAACAGCUGCAGACAAGAUGAGUUCUGAUACUGAAUCACAUCUAGUUUUUACACUGUUGCUGACAGAUACUGUUGUAAUGUCACAAGCUGUGUUGCAAUGGGAAAACCAUUAAGACCUUGCACAGCUUGUGGGCUGAGACAAGCACUGCCUGUAAACAGAGGGAGAAGUCUUCAGCCAGGAAAGGGGGAGGAUACAGACACAGAGAUGACACCGUGCCAUGUCCAUCUGAGUGCUGUGCACAGGUGCAGGUGGCUCACAGACUAGAGAAGUAGAGAAGAGUUUGCAGAAUGGUCCUGCCUUUCAGCCUCCAGCCACCCAAGUAAGGAAAUGCAGCUGGGCACAUUCUGCUGAAGGGCAAGAGAACAGGGAGGAUAAGGAAGAAGGUUGAUUUGACAGAUACAUACCAGGGAAACUUCCCCCCUUUAGCUUAGCCUCUUCUUUGAGUAACAAUGCAUGUGAAGGCUUGAUACCACAGUAUCUUCAUGCAUGAAACAUUUGCUUCUCCAGAAUGCUUCACAACAUUGUAUGUACUUGCAUAACUUAAAAGCUUUGCUGCUGGAAAAAAGGCCAAUAAACAUAUGAGCUUUAUCACAACCAACACAAAACUUCUCAGCUGUACAUUUCAGAAAAAGGUGUAUUUAUUCUAAAAUGUUGAAAAUGUAUCCUAAAUCAAGAACUAAGGAAUUCAGAUCUAGAUGUCAGUCAAAGAAACCAGACUAUUGUACAAAGCAUUUUAAAUUCUGACAUUGCUGCAGUUCCUCCUGCCAGGGGGACAGCUGCAACCUGGCACAACUCCCAGCUUUGAAAAAGCUGCUCUCACUGAGGCCUGGCUGCAGCAAUUCUACCCAGGAAGUGAAUGAAGGGGUUUGUGGGUUCAGCCAGUUGUGCCUUCUGGUGGGGGGGUGAGACACAUAGGCCUGGCUGAGUUCCUACUUCUCAAUCCCCUGGCUAUUCCCAGGGAGAUCCUCCUGGUCUGAUGAAAUUCCAUUAUCUGGACUCAGUGACAUACUUGACCACAUUCCAGAUCAGUGGGUGAGGGAAGAAGCCGGCUCCUCUUUCCCUAUAAACCCUUCUGCUUCCUGGCUCUGAUGGGCGGUGCUUUGUGAAACCUGUGCAUAAAAAGCAUACAAGUGGAGGACUCUAAGGACAGUAUCUCUGUGCCAGUAAAAGGGCACAGUCUGGGCACCAGAACUGAAGAUUAGAGAAGUAUUUUGGCAUAUGUGGAGAAGUGUGUAUAAUUUUUAUAUAUUAAAACAUCUGUCUGGUAUUAAUAGUUGAAAUGAGUCCAAAAUUGUAAACCUUUUUUUUUUGUUCAUAAUGCAACAUUUCUCUUGUUGAAAUGGUAAUACUUAAGCCAUCACAUAAUUAAACAUAAUUCUCAGUAUGUUAAAUUUUUAAAAUAAAAAUGGUAUGUGAACUAUUAA